AUGUUGCAAUCCUUGGCCGUGAUAGCCCUUGGGCUUCUUCCCUCUAUUCACGCCAUUACGCUAACAUUACCGAACCAACUUAUCAACAACCCCGUUAAGGCAGAAUCAGAGGUCCGCGCAGGAGACUUUGAUGGCUCGAAACUCUGGCCGGGUGCGAAUGAGACAUCAUACGACUGGUGGUAUUUUGAUGCUGUGUCUGCCACAACAAAUGAGUCUGUAACUGUUGUAUUCUACAAUACUGGCCCCGAUGGAUUUCCGUUUGGCUACAGCGGCAGUGGUCCCUUCUCAGUCGGCAUCUCUGGCUCCUUCGCCAAUGGUAGCCUCUUUUCGUUAACCGCUCCGGUGACCGGGGACGUGGUCAUCAAAACCGACGAAAGUGGUAUUUCUGGCGAGUGGACCGGCUCCGGCUUCUCAUUCUAUGGUACCAGCCUCGAUGGCCCCAACCCAACAUACAUUUUGAAGGUCGACGCCCCAGCCAUCGGAUCCUACGGUACCGUCACGCUUCGUUCGAGGGCGCCGCCACAUGUGUCGUGUGGCCUUGGCCACUCUGGUUCUGGAGAAGAGCUAUUUCCAAACGUCUUCUGGGCAAACGCGCAACCUGAUGCUGACGCAGUCGUCGACCUGAGGAUUCAGGGAACUCCCGUGCAAUUUGCCGACGGAAUUGGCUACCACGACAAGAAUUGGGGUGACGCGCCAUUUGUUUCAGUCACCUCAUCAUGGUAUUGGGGCCAUGCACGGUUGGGGCCUUACUCAGUGGUUUGGUUCGAUGCGAUUGAUAAAGCAGGGAGGGAGUAUUUCUCCGGCUAUGUAAGCCAGAAUGGAGAACUGUUACAGGGCAGCUGCACUAAAGAUGCUGUAGUGGUGCGACCGUGGGGAAAAAACAGCGAAUACCCUCCUAAAGCGAAGACAGGCAUUAUGCAAGGCUUGGAUAUAAAGUUCGAUUUGGGAAAGGGAAAGGAAAUGCUGGUCAAUGUGACUACAGGACUUGUUUUAAUUGAGACGGACAACUAUGUGCGAACAGAGGGUACAGCCAAAGCUACUAUAAAGGGGUCUGGAGGAAAUGGAGCGUAUGAGGGUCGCACUCUUUUUGAAGAGUUCAAAUUCAACUAA